CCCCCCCCAACACCACCUCCUUUUUUUUCGCACCCUCCCCUUCCCCUCCCCGCUCCUCGGGCCCGGUGCGGGCGGCAGCGCGGUGCCCGCUCCCCGCCGGGGUUGCGGCCGCCGGCGGGGGGGAAGAGCUCCGUGCCGAGCCGUGCCGAGCCGUGCCGAGCCGUGCCCCCUGCCCUCGCCAUGCCCAGAGCCUUCCUGGUGAAGCGGCGGAGCCCGCAGCCGGCCGUGCGGAGCUGGGCUGGGCUGCCCGACGAGGAGCGAGCCGACACCUACAUCCCAGGCGGCAUCGGCUGCGUCCUUCUCGGCUACGAAGACAGCUGCAGCCUGGAGAGCAGCGGCAGCAGCGGGACGAGGGACGCCGAGCCCAGCGACCCCCCCACGCCGCAGCCGGCCCCCGCAGACCUGGGCACGGCCGGGGGGAUGCUGCUGGACCUGGCCGUGAAGCGCCCCGUGGUCAGGUCGAAAAUCAAGUUCACCACGGGCACCUGUAACGAUGCGACGGUGCACUCCUGCGAGCUGUGUGGCAAGGGCUUUCGCCUGCAGCGCAUGCUCAACCGCCACAUCAAGUGCCACAGCCAGGUGAAGAGACACUUGUGCACCUUCUGCGGGAAAGGCUUCAACGACACCUUUGAUCUGAAAAGGCACGUCCGGACCCACACUGGAAUUCGUCCUUACAAAUGUGAGGUUUGCAACAAAGCAUUUACCCAGCGGUGUUCCCUGGAAUCCCACCUUAAGAAGAUUCACGGGGUGCAGCAGCAAUAUGCCUACAAACAGAGGCGAGAUAAACUUUACGUGUGCGAGGAUUGCGGCUACACCGGCCCCACGCAGGAGGACCUGUACCUGCACGUCAGUAACGUUCACCCUGGCAGUGCUUUCCUGAAAAAAACCUCAAAAAAACUCGCGGCAGUUUUGCAAAACAAACUGAGCCCUGUCCUGCAGAGGAACUCCAAAGACGACGACAAGGAUGAAUAA